AGUCAUGAAAGUGCAGCAAAUUGCAGUCCUCAUAUUACAUCACCAGAAACCCACCUCGAAGGAGGUACCUAUCAUGACCGUAGAAUAUGAAUAAUAUUGUUAGGCUAACAUGAAAAUCUCUAUUUUUUCUGUGCAUUGUUAUGAUCCAUAUAGUUCCUCGCUCCAAGAAAAGAGGUCGGGGUCAGACAAUGGGAAAGGGCAUUAUGAAGGCGUUUGAGGCAUCCAAGACAAAGAUGAAGAUAACUGUGGAUACAUCCAUUGGAAGACCUAAAAAUGGUGAGCAGUCAGCAAAGCUGUCUAGUCAAAUUGGCAUUGUGACUUGUGAUGUGAUUCCGGUUCCUAGAAGGUGGAAAGAAGUAGAUGAGGAAAAUGGUCUAGGACCUGGAUUUGAUCACAUACAGAUGCAUAUGGAUGUCAAUGUUGGUGAUCCGGGUGUUAAAGAAAGCUUGAUUGAAAGGUUGAAAAAUAGUUCUCGACAAAAGCGUCACAAGCUACAUAACCAUUUCAAAAAGUAUCAAACAAUGGAAUUGGCUAAAAGUAAUAAGCCCACAUUUUGCCUAAACCAAGAAAAUUGGGAAUCAUUGUGUGAUUAUUUUGCAUCACCCAAAUUCAAGCAAUCAAGUGCUACGAACUCAAAAAAUAGGAAACUUGUGCGAGCUCCACAUAUUUCUGGUAGGACGCCUUUCACUGUCUGAAGACAAGAAAUUUCUCAAAAGGAGCUAGAUGGAGAUACCUGUGAUAGGAUUGAGCUCUAUAAACGAACUCAUUUCUCAGAGAAAAAUGGUUGGUCAUCUAAAGUAGCAGAAGAGAACUGGGAGUUGAUGAAAAAGAAACAAGAACAAUAUAAAGAAGAGGGAUGUGAUAAGAGUACAGAUGAUAUUGUUCUUGAGGUUCUUGGUCAUGGAGCUGGCUACAUCAAAGGCCUUGGAUAUGGUCCUAAACCUGUUAGCAGACGCAACAAUAGUCCUAAUUCAUAUGCCACCCAACAACUUCAAAAACAACUUCAAGAGUCCCAACAAAAGUUAGAAAUGGCUGAAUCACAAGUUGGCGGGCUUAACGCUAAAGUGGAAGAUACUGAAAAGGAAGUGCUUGUUUGAGAAAUCAAUUAGCUGCACAAGCUUCAAACAUGGAAAAGAUAAUGGCGUUUAUGGCUGUUCAAGGAAUGCCUUUAUAAGCCUUAAGUUAGGUUAUUUAAAUAUUCAUUUAUUUUUUCUCAUUAUUUGAUAUUUACAUUAGGUAUUGGAAUGAUUUGGAUGUUCACGUAUCUUGAAUAUUAUGUCUUAUUCUCAUAAGACACUGAAGUUUGAUGUUAGUGGUAUUAAGAAUAAUUUUUUUUAAUUACAGAAGUUCUAUUACUAAAUGUUUGG